CUGUCCGUAAUUUGGAACAUUUCAGCACGGCAGCGGGUGGACAGCUCCGCCGCGGCAUGGAGCCCUACACGGAGCCCGGAGCCCGGUUGGCCCUCUCUGAUCUCUACUCCGUCAUCCCCUUUAACGUCACCUUCCCGGACGAGGACCGGCUGCAGAACUACACCGGCUCCGGCAGCUCCCCCAGGAGCGCGUGGGAUAUCAUCAUAGCCAUCUCCAUCACGGCUCUCUACUCCGUCAUCUGCGUGGUGGGACUGCUGGGUAACAUCCUGGUCAUGUACGGGGUGAUCAGAUAUACCAAGAUGAAGACAGCAACAAACAUCUACAUCUUCAACUUGGCUCUGGCUGACGCUUUGGCCACCAGCACGCUGCCCUUCCAGAGUGCCAAAUAUCUCAUGAGUACCUGGCCAUUCGGGGAGGUCCUGUGUAAGCUCAUUAUUGCCAUCGACUACUACAACAUGUUCACAAGCAUCUUCACUCUCACCAUGAUGAGUGUGGACCGCUACAUCGCCGUGUGCCACCCGGUCAGAGCGCUGGAGUUUCGAACGCCGGUGAAGGCUAAGAUGAUCAACGUGCUGAUCUGGGUGCUGUCGUCAGCAAUCGGAGUACCAAUAAUGAUCAUGGCUGUAACCAAAGUGGCCGAAAAUGGUAAAAUCUUCUGCGCACUCAAAUUUCCUGAUCCUGAUUGGUACUGGGACACGGUGACAAAGAUCUGUGUCUUCAUCUUUGCAUUUGUGUUUCCUGUGUUGGUCAUCACCAUCUGUUACGGCCUGAUGAUCCUACGUCUGAGGAGCGUUCGUCUGCUGUCCGGAUCCAAGGAGAAAGACCGCAAUAUGCGGCGCAUCACACGCAUGGUCCUGGUGGUCGUAGCAGCCUUCAUUAUCUGCUGGACCCCCAUCCACAUUUUCAUCAUCGUGAAGACGAUGGUGGAGAUCGACAAAAAGAACCCUUUUGUGAUAGCCAGCUGGCACCUGUGCAUCGCCUUAGGAUACACCAACAGCAGCCUCAACCCCGUCCUCUACGCAUUCUUGGAUGAAAACUUUAAGCGAUGCUUCAGAGAUUUCUGCCUUCCAUGCCGGACCCAUGUGGACCACAACAGUCUCAACAGAGGUCGCAACACUACGAGGGAGCCAGUAUCGAUUUGCGCUCCAUCAGAAGCAGGGAAGAAGCCGGCAUGACUAGGCAUGGACAGGAUCCCCAGGGGCUCUCAUGCCAGGCGGAUCCAGCAGGACCUACAGUCAGAGGUCACCCAGAUCUCCACAACUGAGUUUUAAUAAGAAGGCUCAAUGGUGCAGAUUCAAA